GGUCAGAAACAUCCCAUCUCCCAGCCCUGGGGAAUGCACCAUGUCUCCAAGUUUGGCAUGAAUCAUGAAAGAGCGGUCGGUUGCCAAGCAUGAUUUGCGCCAUUUCCCCCCAACAAGCCAUUCAUUGUUUGCAAAAUCACAGAAGCCCCACUCUCAAGUCCCUGCCGCUGCUGCCAUAACGAUAAGUCAGCUAUUACAUGACUGAACCCAGCUAUAGGCUCACAGUGACUGGUUAGUUAUAAACAUGCAUGUGAGCGUACACCUCCUAACACAUCUGUACAAGCACAUUACAUGUUAAUUAUCAUAUAGGUUCAAGCACAUACCAUGUUAAUUAUAAAGGUUCAAGUUUAUUUUGCCGUAUCAUAUAGCUUGUCUGUCUUUGUUGGACUCUUUGGAAAGACGCGCCAUGAACGUUUGACUACAGUUGUUUGUUUCUACUUGAAUAAGAAACAAGUUGCAACCGCUGUAUACAAUAUAGAAGGACUUAGAUGUGUAAUUACAACAAUAGUAGUAUGGCAUUACAAAGAUUGUAGACAUGUUAUAUGUUUGUAAUUACACCUGUACAAGUACUUCUACUUUAAUGAAUACAAAGGAAACAGAGCACAUAACAAAGCGGAUGAUGGGUUGUAUGAAAUUCCUUCGUCGUGCAUAAAUGCUUUUACUUUCAUUCCAUGGGGUUAAGUAUAUUGUUUUACAAAAAAAUAUGUGAUUGUGGGGAUAAGGGAAAAGAGCGCCAACUGUCACGGUGAAUAAUAACCAGUGAUUGGCUCCAAAGCUUACAGCUUCAGCCACUCAGGCUCUAGGUUGCCUCCCCAGCCGUGCACAUAUAGAGGCGUGAGGUGAAACUACAGGCACUCGAUUUUACGAAAUCAAAGACAAAGUAACAAACAUGAGCGGAAGAGGCAAAACCGGAGGCAAGACAAGGGCGAAGGCCAAGACUCGUUCAUCCAGGGCUGGACUGCAGUUCCCCGUCGGUCGUGUGCACAGGUUGCUGCGUAAGGGCAACUAUGCUCAGCGCGUGGGAGCUGGUGCACCCGUCUACAUGGCUGCAGUGAUGGAGUACUUGACUGCUGAGAUUCUGGAGUUGGCUGGUAACGCCGCUCGUGACAACAAGAAGAGUCGUAUCAUCCCCCGUCAUCUGCAGCUGGCCGUGCGUAACGACGAGGAGUUGAACAAACUGCUCGGUGGCGUUACCAUCGCUCAGGGUGGUGUGCUGCCUAACAUCCAGGCUGUGCUUCUGCCCAAGAAGACCGAAAAGUCCAAGUAAAUUUGACCUCCAACCUCCCUGACCACAAAGGCUCUUUUAAGAGCCACCCACAUCCCUAAAAAAAGCAUUUUCCAAG